UCAGGUCAAAUGACCCGGACUUAUUUCCACGUUCCCGACAUGUAAAAUACUUUCAGGAUUUGUUUAUAUAAAGAAGAAGACGUUUGGUAGACAAAGACAUGUUGGAAAGGUUUUACGUCAUUGUUACUGUACUGGCAUUGGGAACUGAGGCAACAAUAACCAACAGUGAUGUGAUACCUAUGAGCGCCAAGCUUGACCAAGAAGUGAAGUUUGUUUGUCCAAGACGCAGCGAAAAUGAGUUAAUGUACUGGAAUAUUGUAACUUCUAGGACCGAAAAAAUCAUAAACGAUUUUUGUCACGAGCGCUCCAGAGCACCACUUGGUACCACAAAGAGAUGCAUAGACAAAGACUAUGGUGGUUUUGACCUCAUUAUAACAGUACAAAAAGAGGAUAGUGGCACGUAUGAAUGUAUUGCAGCAAAACCAGAAGAGGUCCUUAAAGCAUAUGAUUUAAGAAUAGAAAGUAAGGCCGUUAUUCCCGAAGCAGCCUACACUAAAGAUGCCGUCAUACAAGAAGGCGAUACAGUGAAGUUGUGGUGUAAUGCUACAGGAUUUCCCUUACCGUCUAUUUCUUGGGAAAUAUCAGAAACUGACUCAAAAGGAAAGGUUUCAUUCCAUGAUAUAGGUAUCAGAGGGAAACUUCUUCAGAUCCGAAACGUGUCCCGACAUUGUAGUACAUCCUAUCGUUGCAUCGCUACCAACAAACUCUCUAUGACUUCCGCAAUACAGAAUAUCAAGAUCAGGGUGAACUUUGGUGCUUUGGCAGAUAUUGAUGUAUAUAGCGAGAAACAUUGUGGCACCACCAUGGAAGAUCUUGGAGAGAAAAUACAUGUCAACAGCACUGGAGACAGUUAUGUAGAAAAAAGGGCAGGGUUAAUGGUUUCCCUGGUGUGUAGCGGAUCGGGUUCACCAAGUGCUAUAAUCCAUUGGUAUAAAUUCCACAACGGCAAACUCAUCAAGAUAUCCACACUAGGACAUGGUGAUGAAAGUGAUGAUAACAAGGAACUUGGGUCAUUUGAGACUAAGCGCUGUCCACCAUUAUUCAAUGACGAACGCAGAUUCCGACUUACAUUUCAGGUUUUUGAUGAUCGGUUCACCAGAUAUGUUUGCAAAACUUCAAAUGAAUUCGGAAAUGACGAGAUGGCAAUAACAAUUAAGCAGGUAACAUAGAAUGAUACAACUUGAAAUAAAGCGGCUGACAAUUAUUUAUAGUUCUUAUUACGUCCAAGUUUUCUUGAAAAGUAAUCCAUAUGUCGAUUAUAUGUUAUUAUUAUAUGUGUGACAUUUCUGUUGAAUUCUGCAAUUACGGACAAAUUACCAAUAUCGGUAAACAUCUUAAAGCUUCAAGCUUUUGUAAUUUAUUAAAGUGAUUUCCCGUAAA